AUGGGAAAUCAUAAUUCAACAACUGAUACUUCUUUUAUAAAUAAUGAAAGUAUAUUUAAAGUUGAUAACAUAAAUUCGUAUGGUCGAAAACAUUCGACAGCCAAAAUUCAAUUAUUAAAUGAUAAUUUAUGUAUACAUCAAAAACAUCGACAAUCCUUAUUUAUUCCACUUAAUACAAUAAAACGUUAUGGCUUAGAUGGUUCAAUAUUUAUUCUUGAAUGUGGUCGUCGUGCACCACUUGGUUCUGCACGCUAUGCAUUUCGUUGUAAACAAGCUCGACAUCUUGUUGAUUGUUUAGAUGAACGUAUAUCAGUAAUUUCAAAUAAAUUACUCAAUGAACAACAAGAUAAAUCAUUAUCGAGUUUAACAACUGUUUCAUCAGCAUUUAAUAAUCUACGACGAACACAAUCAUCAAUAUCAUUAUCAUCAGACACAUCAUUUUAUCGAAAUUCUCAAACGAAUUUAUCAGAAAAUUAUUUUAUUUUUGAAAAAGGCAAUCAACAAUAUCCUAAUUCAAUAAAUUAUGCAGAAUUUCAAACACAAAGAGAAAAAUCACAAUCAUCAUUAGAAUUACCAAUAACUUUUGAAAUGCAUCAAUCAAAUGUAACCCUAUCGAAUAGUCAAAAUGAUGAUACAAUUGCAGCUACACUUGUUCCCAGUACAUCAAAAUCUUAUGUUCUUAUUGAUCAUGAAAAAACAACAACAUUGAAAGAAAUAACUAAACAACGAUUACAACAACAUCCUGUACGCCAUGAUACCUAA